AGAAAAGAUUGCGAUCACGCUAUUCACGUUAUUUUCCCUCCUUUUUCUCUCCAACCAAAAACACCUGUUCAGUUCUUCAUUCCCCAGAACACAACCACCUUCUAAGUUUUCUUCGAUUCUUUCACAUCAAAUGCGAAUCACGCUAUACAUAUACAUAAUAUAAUGCGCGGUUAGGUUUGUUUACAUAUUUUCUCCAAUGGAGAAAAUCACAAGGGAAUUGGAGGCGGCGGAGUUGUCGAAACAGAACCUGCGCAAAACGCUUGACCAAAUCCACGACUGCUCUUCCUCAGUCCUUUUGCUCUCACUCCAAUGGAAGGACCUAGAGAACCACUUCGAAACCACGCGCCGCUUUCUCCUGGAACGGGCUCAGGAGCUCGAGUCGAAGGAGGAGGAAUCCGGUGCUUUUCGGGAGAAGGAGAAGCGGUUCGGAGAGCGCGUGAAGGAGUUCGAGCUGAAAGAUAUGAUAAUCGGCGAGAGGUUGAAGAAGUACGAUUUGAAAGAGAAGCGGUUCGGAGUUUGAAGCGAGGGAGAGGCAGUUUGCGAUGAAGGAGAUGAGAUUAGGCGAGAGAUUCGAAGAGUUUGGUGAGCGUUUGAAGAGGUUUGAGUUGAGAGAGAAACGGUACGAAGAGUUUGAGGUGAAGGAGAAGCAGUUUGGAGAGCGUUCGAAGAGAUUUGAGUUGAGAGAGAUUUCAAGGAGUUUGAUUCGAAAGAGAAGCGAUUCGCGGAGCUUGAGUUGAAAGAGAAGAAAUUGAAUGAGAGGUUCAAAGAGUUUGAUUUGAAAGAGAAGAGAUAUGGAGAGCGCGAUCGAGAGCUUGAAGCGAAAGAGAAGCGAUUAGGAGAGUGUUUGAAGAAAGUUGAGGAAUGGCAUAAAUUGCUUGAGUUGAAAGAAAAGAGAAUAAGAGAGAUCCGAAGAACUCGUGUUGAAUGAGAAGA